GUUUAAAUAGUUUUCGUAAUUUUCUUGAACAUUUUUUUUUAAUUAUGGAGACUUUAGAUGAUUUGCCGAAAGGGCCUUUGGAUGCUUAUAGAAAACGUGCGAGUUUUAAUUGGAAGUCACUUAAAGUUCAUUUGGAAGGUGAAGAUUCUGUGAGAUUAAAGGCAAAAAUGUGGGAUAUGGUUCGAUCUGCUCCGGUGUUACAUAAAUCAAAUAAGUCCCUAACAUUGGAUGAAUAUCGUAGAAAAUGUGUAAAACUAAUACAAUAUGUAUUAGACAAGAAGCCCGAUGAAAUUCUUUACUGGCCUAUAGAGUUAUAUCAAUACAAUUCGUCAGUGACUUUAGCAGUCAGUCUUAGAGAAUUAAUGAUACCUAACGUGAUAAUGAGCUUAGGAACUGAACGUCAUGGUGAAAUUUUACAGAAAUUUCAAUCAAGAGAGUUUAUAGGUGGUUUUUCCUUAACGGAAAUAGCCCACGGUACCAAUGUAAAAGGAAUGCAGACGACUGCGACCUAUGACCUUAAAACAGAAAGUUUUAUUCUUCACACACCAAAUUUUCAAGCAGCUAAAUGUUGGGCUGGUAUUCUAGGAAACACGGCAACUCAUGCUAUUGUUUAUGCACAGUUAAUUACUCCAGAUAAUAUAAAUCAUGGUUUACAUCCUUUUAUUGUACCAGUCCGAAAUCCGAAAACAUUUUUGACUUAUCCUGGUGUAAUAGUUGGAGACAUGGGGGAAAAACUUGGACUUAACGGACUCGAUAAUGGUUUCAUGAUAUUUAAUCAAUAUUCUAUCCCAAGAAUAAAUCUUUUGAAUAAAAAUGCAGAUGUUAAUGAAGAAGGGAAAUAUGUUGCUCGUAUCAAGGAUGAAAACAAACGUUUCGGUGCAUCUUUGGGUGCUUUAUCAGGUGGACGAGUUGGAAUCACAGGGCUUUGUGCAAUCUAUCUCACAACUGCAUUGAUAAUAGCAAUUCGAUAUUGUGCCAGCAGAAAACAAUUUGGAUCUUCUACAACUGAAGAAUGGCCUGUGAUUGAAUAUCAGGUUCAGCAAAUUCGACUUAUACCACAUUUAGCAACUACAUAUGCCUUCACGAUAUUUUUCUCCUGGUUUUCAAAAAUUGCACAGGAUUUUUCGGAAAGUUUGAUUGCAGGAGAAGAUCGUGAAAGCCUUAGUUUUUUGGGAAUGGAAAUUCAUGCAUUGUCAUCAGCUGCAAAACCUCUUUGUUCCUGGUCUGCUCGAGAUGGUAUUCAAGAUUGUCGAGAAGCCUGUGGAGGUCAUGGAUAUCUGAAAGUGUCUCGAUUAGGAGAACUCAGAUCAGAUAACGACGCAAAUUGUACUUAUGAAGGAGAAAAUAACGUUCUGGUUCAACAAACAAGUAAUUGGUUGUUAACACAAUGGGAUAACGUUUUAAAAGGAAAGCAAAUAAUUUCUCCUCUUGGAACAGCAAAAUUUUUGGAAGAAGCAGAAAAUAUUCUUUCCCUUAAAUUUAACUGCAAAACUACGGAGCAAACUUUGCAACCUGAAAAUUUGCUUCUGAGUUACAAAUGGUUGAUUUGUUACUAUUUGAAAAAAACAUACGAACGAGUGGAUAAUCUGAGAAAAAAUGGUGGGACCAACUUUACAGUGAGAAAUGAUUCACAAUCAUACUUCGCUAAAACACUUUCUUUAAUUUACGCAGAGCAUGCAGUCGUUCAAAGAUUUAUUGAAACGAUUAAACAACCAAAUUUCGAAGACUCCGAAAGAAAGGUAUUAUCAAAAUUAUGUUCAUUAUAUGCUACCUGGUCUCUGGAACGAAGAUUAGGAGAUUUUUAUGCUGGUGGAUUUGCAGCUCCUGAUUGUCAAAUCGAACAUUUUUUUCGUGAAGGAAUAUUAUUAAUUAGUAAAGAUUUGGUAAACGAAGCUGUGGCUUUAGUAGACGUUUAUGCUCCACCAGAUUUUGUUUUAAAUUCUCCACUUGGAAUGUCCGACGGCGAGGUAUAUAAACACUUGGAGGAUACUCUCCUGAAGAAUCCUGAAAAUUUAAAACGCGUUUCGUGGUGGAAAGAAAUCCGAAAAUCCAAAUUAUGAUGCAGAAGCUAGUUUUUUUUGUUUUCAAGUUGGGUCAAAAAUAAAAAUUUCACAAAAUCAAAAUCGAUAAAACGGUAUCGUAAAAACCUAUAAUGUAAUUUUUUUUAUGAAUUGAAAUUUUUUAUCAAAAAGAUUUCAAAUUUCUUAUUUUCGUCCUACCUUAUGGUUUGUCUG